AUUAGCUUUGAUUACAAUAUCAUCUGGCAAUAUUAUCACAAUGAAAGGAAAUUGAUUCUCCUGUCAUCUGAAGCCGUUCCCAUGUCAUCUAGCAUUGUUUACAAUUAAGGAUCGAUGCUUUUAAAUUAUCAACUGAAAACCCUGUAUUACACAAACACCUCGAACCCAUCAAAAUGGACACAUGAAUAUGCUUUGAAACGUUUAACAAUCACACACCCGUUCUCGACUGGCUGCUGGUUAGUUGGCGGAGCUUUGUUUUGUCCGAAAUUGUUGGGUGUACUGUUCGUGUUCUGCUACAUUUCUUUGCUUCUUAUGCUACACUCUCUUAAAUUUGUGUCUCUUUUUGGCGGCCGUUUCUGUUACUAUUAUGCACCAGCUGACGACGAUGAUCAUAAGAUGAAAGAAUAAUGCUAAUAUGAAGGGGAAGCACGCAUACACACGAUAAUCCGUUUUAAUCCAUAUUUAAAUUAUUAUAGAAACAAAAUGGCUUCUCCUCUAGUGCCUGUAUAUGGGUGGCAAGAGCACGCUAAUAAUAUUGCGCCAUCCUUCUUUACCUUUCGUGUGUGUGUGAGUGUUUUUGUGGGUUAUUGUAGUAGUGUGCUAGCGUAUCGCGUUCUAUCGUCUGGUUGCAAAAGGUGAUUUAAUUUUAGAAGUUACUAUAGUUGCUAGCGUUUAAGUGCAUCGUUUAGUGGAGAAGUGAAUGGUGUAUGCUGGCAGGAAGAUGUGAUCGUCGUACAUUUUGUUGCAAUUUUCCCGCUGGAUGUUUCACUACUGUGGUGCGUUCUAUCACGGUUUCUACAUGUCUAAACUCACUAGACUGCUUUGCAGGAACAGCAUCGGUCACGUUGGUGCAGGACAAUUAGGCGUGCGUUAUGGUGUUUGGGUAUCAUCAACGGUUAGAUCGUGUAUUAAAUAAAAGCAUCCUCCUUAAAUCAUAUGUACGAAACAUACGCCGAAGCAUCAAACACUAGAGGCUGCUCUACGUAACAUAACACGCAACGAAGAGUGGGGUCUUUCUGCUAAUCCCAGGACUACUCUCCACAAGUCCUCCUGCUGCUGGUAGUGAUGCUGGGCCAUAUAUGAGGGGUGUCGGUGCACUCUUCUUUCCAUGCUGUACCUAUAUUGUUCGUAUUCCCGAUCCGUAGUUUUGUCACCGCUCAUCAUCGGAACGUAGUAGUAACCGUACGGCUACUAAGGAACGGUCUAAGGGGGAAUACAAUAAUAGUGCGUCUCACUCACGUCUCACUAUCCGCUAUCUCUGUCAUUCUUCUGCUGUGUUUUAUCUCGGUGGUGCAUACCUUCUAAUCUGUGUGGAAAACCGGGGGGGUGGGGGGAGGAAAAUCCCUCGCUUUUCCCAAACUGUGCCGUAAUGUGUGUAUGUGCGCGCGCGCGAUUAGUGGUAUGUCCGGAUGGCGGUGCGUAGUAUUGCUGUUGGAGAACAUGAUGCAUAUAUAGCUAUAGAAAUGAAUAAAACUCGUAGAAACAUCCAUCGGACAGAACAACAUACCUCACAAACAAAUACACACAAAAAACACAGACACACACACACACACAAGGUGGACGGCGUUAUUGUUGGUGUGGACUCUCCGUGUCGUGGCUUUAGGCGCUGGCCUGGCAUCAGGUGAAAAAAAAACGUGUCCCGGCUGAUGAUGGUGAUGACGUGCCUCACUACUAGUACUACUUCCCUUACAUUACUAUAUUCGUUGGUGGUUUUGUGGUGGGUACACUGUGUACACGGAUGCUGGCAAUUAAACUCCAUUUAAAGGAACGGUAAUUUCAUAUCCUUUCCAAAUGUACCUUUGUUACGCAAUUUUCUUCCUCUCUACGGGCGGUACAAUAGUUGGUGCUCCGUUCGGUGGAUACGCUCCCUUCGGCCAUCCACCGUCAGCCGUAUUGCCACCACCGAGACAUGCUGCCUUCUAUCCGCAACCGAUUCUCUACUGGGGCUACCCAAGCCCGCCAGUUUCACCCACGACGUACUACAGCACGGCACCCCCGCCCGGUACACCACAUCAUCUCGGUCCGGCAGCAGCCCAUCAAACGGCUCCCGGCAUCCAGACUCACGGUCAACCGACGAUGCUUGCACUCAGCCCCGAUCAACGCAAUCAACGUAGCAAUCCUUCAGUUUCCCUCGUCACAACGGUACCAUCGAGACCGCCCGUCGGUACGGCAGGAUCGUCCAGUGGCGAAUCGUCCACCUCACAAUCCUCUUCACCGCCACUACUUUCACCCACCGGUGGAUGUUCCAGCUCCGGGUCUGUGACGAGCUCGUCUUCCGGGACGUCUUCCCAACGGCAUGGUGCCGCAGCAACCGCAAUCCGCACGUCAUCACCACCACAACAGUCGUCGGCAUCGUUGCUUAGUCUGCCGCUUGCAUCCGUCUCACAACCGCUCGCUAUACCGGCGGUCACAACACCAACCGGUGGAUUGGCCGGAGCAUAUCCCGGUUCGCAGCUUUCCCCGAUACAAGCAAUCCCACCGCCGUCGGUGCACUUUCCACACCACGCUCCACUGAUGGGUACGGCUAGCCCACCGGGAACAACCGGCACGACGUUCUACGAGCCUCAUCCGCACCUACCACACCACCAUCCGUCUCAUCAUCAUCCACACCACCACCAUCAUCCGCAUCCGCUGACGCACCAUCACCAUGAUAAGCUGGUGGCGACGGCUCCAAGCAUCCUGACACCGUCGCUCAUUCCGAAUCAAUAUGUGGAGCUGUUUAUAGUUUAAGGACAACAGAGAGAGAGAGAGAGAGCGAUCAACUCGAAAACUACCCCGUUUUUUAUCCAUUGACGCAAUAUCAACGUUUAGAGUUAAGUCGUGUGCAUUACUCGAAGAGAUGUUUGUAAUUUAGUAUAUAAUUGCUGCUCGAACAUGGGAUAGUGAGAGCACCGUGCAUCUAUGAUGUGGACCGGUGGUUGAAACGACAACGGCGCCGGUCUUCAUACGGCAGGACCGAGGUUCAAAUCCCAUCUGGACCGUUCCCUCGUAGUGAGGACCGACUAUCCAACUACAUGGAAUCAUUGAGUCUAGUAAGCCAGAAAUGGCAGGCAUAAUCUUAUUAAAAGAUCGUUAGGCCAAGGAAAGAGAUAGAGAGAGAUCGCGCAUCUUAAAGCAUAGCACGCAGCGCUCGAUCAUUUAAGUACCAUCACCACUACAUCCUAACCAAGACAAGCAAUCAAAUCAAAGCUAGUGAAGUAAGUUUAGUUGAUGUGUUUGUGUGUAUUUUGUGUACUCGUACGCAUAGCGCGUGUACAUUGAAAGACCAGAAUCUAGUGGCAAUUGAUUUGUUGUUGUGCGGUGUUUUGCUCAGCGGUCGGGAGACGAACCCCUAUAGCUAGAAGCUGUUUAUUUAAUAAUGCAUCAACAUUUGCAAUCAACCAUUUUUGCUCAUUAAAAAUACGCUCAAAAGCUAGGAAACUAAAAAAAAAUAUUAAACCCACAGAAGGCUGAUCGGGGUGACGUGCGUAUGUAUGACCACCGACAGGAAUAGUGUGAAGUGAAUGUGGAAAAAAGCACUUGCAGUGCUACCAACCUACUAUUAAUAAUGAAGAACACGGAGAAGAGUGAUGCACCGUACAGAGUUUCGAUCAAUAUCUGGGAAUAUUUCAUUCAAUAUGGGAAAAAUUUCAUUCGUAAAGUGGAUGUUUGCAAUCGCAGAAGGAAAUAUGCUUUUCAAAACUGUAAUCUGUAAGGAAAACACUGACUUCUAUCAUCUGUCAUCUGUCAUCCUAGCGAAUGUCCACUUUCGGAUUGUAAACUUCUCUUAAUCGACUGAAAAGCGCGCUCCAUACGAGGGACAAAGAUCCGUUGUGCAGUUUAAAUUUUCCCCACAUUGAAUGAAAAGUUCCCCUAUAUGCAUGAACACUCUUUAACCGUAUUGAACGUUUGUCUACAACUGCUUAGAACAUAUUUUAUAAUUUAUUUGUUAAUGUUUUGUUCGCGUUUGUGUGUGUUUGUGUGCAUGUUUUCUUUAUUAUUUUUUGUAACCUUAAAAGAUCUAUUUGUAUAUGUAUUUUUUCCCCCCCUAUUGCUAGGCGCAAUAUUACCAUUGUUAAAAUGUUAUUUCCAUUUUCGUUACACCGUUAUUGUUAUCCGUCACAGGUUUUUUGUUUUGUUUUUUUUUGUUUUCACUGUACUCUACUUUUGUGCUUCAUAUUUAAGCUUCCUAGAGCUACCCUGCUGGAUAUUAACCACACGUUUAGAAGAAGGCGAAAAUCUUAUCAAAUCAACUGAAAACAGCAAUAACACCACACAGUUAGCAAAUAGCCUUAAGUUGUGCUGGUUGUUUGAAGAUUUUGUUAUGUUUUAUUUUUACACUAUCCGGAUCAGUUAACGAACAAAAACUGUAAUAUUUACUUAACUGUGUAAAAGUGAUUGUUUCAUAAAAAACAACACCCUUUAUCAUCUAGUUUUUAUCGUUAAGAAAUCAUGUUGCUCGUUAUGCGAGGGCUGGCCGUCGAAAAUGCUUACAUUGGCGGGCCCUUCUUCAUUGUUAGUUAGCCCUUAAGAGUUUGUUUAUUCGAAUUGGAGUGCAUUGCACAUCGAUCAUCGUUACUUACCCCAUGCACGAGAUGUGUACGAUUGAAUGAUAUUUUCCACCACCAUAAACGAUAAAUGUGUUAUCAUGUAAAUGUAGCGUAGUGUUCAUAUAUUUACAUCAUUAUUUUAUUCGCAUGUUUUGUUUUUUACGAAAAAAAAACGACAAAAAUCCCGAUUUAAAAAAACACGAACAAUCAUUUCACAAUCGUUCCUUUUGUAAACGAGAUCAGCAAUCGUCAUCACCCAUCAUGCGUAUGUCCAGCAGUAUGGAAGGAUGAGCAAACGCACGCGAGUAGCAUUUAUUUCAUAUUGUUAGCCAAUUUUUGCCGUACUAAAAGUGUGUUAUGUUUACCAUGAAUGUUGUAUGGUAUGCUGCUGCAUGCCGCUACAGAAGAGACGUCUCGACGAGCUGUGCGUUUCGUUGCUAACCGACAAUGAAACAAUGAAUUUUAGUGUAUGCAAAAGGGAGAAUGCUGUUGUGUGCAACGGAAGCGGGCGCCCCCUUGAAUAAUAUCCUAAAUGUAUAACAAUGAAUUGCUCAACCACGUUCAUAGGGCAAAAGCUUCCGAUUUGUUCAGCCCAUCAGCACGAACCGUAAGCAAUAAGGGAAGGGAAUGGCCAUUGGAAGGUGAGUGGCAGGGAGGUAAGGAAGGGAGAAAAGUAAAUCCUGCGUGCGUGAAAACACGUGAGCGGCAACGAAUAGGAUUUCAAAGUGUUCAAAAAGGCGGAAAACGUAUGGAGAGGAUUGAGAAGAACAAAACAGGAUAUAUAAUAGGAUCGGGCGAAAAUGUGCAUUCCGUAGGAUUAGUUAAUACAUAGUUGAAGAUUUAUGAAAAUUUCAAUAAAGUAAUCACACUAUAAAAA